GCCACUAUAACUGUUCCAACCCCCGCGACCACCACCCCCCCGCGCAACGAACACGACACAACAACCCGCGUUAUGCAGUCUUCGAGUUGCCUGCCGUGUGUCUAGUGUACCACACUCCAUCCUCUGGGCCGCGUCUUGUUUACGAAAGAUAAACAGUCUCGUGACGGAGACAAAGAAGAGGGAGCCAGGGCCGCAGGCAGAUUUUUUUCCGAGGGAACAUGUUGACCAUGUCGACGUUGAUGAUGCCCGCAUCGGCGGUACCGGCGGGCAUGGCCGCUCCAGGCCUACUGCCGGUACCAAAGCUGGACGCGAUCAGGCUGAACCACACUCCGCCGAACACCAGCAUAGCCGCAACUGCACCAACGACACCAAACGCCGCAAAAUCAGAACAUCAUCAUAUAUUUGUAGGAGACCUGAGUCCUGAGAUCGAAACGCAGACACUCCGCGACGCUUUCGCAGCUUUUGGAGAAAUUUCAGAUUGUCGGGUAGUGAGGGAUCCUCAAACAUUAAAAUCAAAAGGAUAUGGAUUCGUUUCGUUUAUCAAGAAAGGGGAAGCUGAGAGUGCUAUAGCUGCAAUGAAUGGACAGUGGCUCGGUAGCAGAAGCAUUAGGACUAACUGGGCCACUCGAAAACCUCCAACUGCCAAAAACGAAGCAGCAGCCAAACCGUUGACGUUUGACGAAGUUUAUAAUCAAAGUAGUCCAACAAAUUGCACUGUAUAUUGUGGGGGAAUUACGAAUGGGUUAACUGAAGAACUAAUGCAGAAAACAUUCGCCCCGUUUGGGACCAUCCAAGAGAUCAGGGUUUUCAAAGAGAAAGGCUAUGCUUUUGUUAGAUUUUCAACCAAGGAAUCUGCCACGCACGCUAUAGUAGCAGUACACAACACUGACAUUAAUGGACAAAUAGUGAAAUGUUCUUGGGGUAAAGAAUCGGGUGACCCAAAUAACGCUCCAGUUACUGGACAAACUAUAUCAAGUACCAGCUUCCCCUAUGGAACCUAUGGACAACAGCUGGGUUAUUGGUACCCUCAGAGCUAUCCCACAGCAAGCACCUCCCAAAUGCAAGCUGGACAAUUCAUUGGAGGAAUGCAAGGAUACGCUUAUGGACCUAUAGGAGGUUACCAAUCACCAUCUUACACUAUGGGCAUGGGUAUUCAGGUCCCCACAGCCGCCACAUCAUGGCAAAGCAUUCCGGCUCCAUCCCAGAUACCCACAACUCCACAACAAAUGGCUGCCCCAGCCACAACACUGCAACAGCCUGGCAUAGUUUUUCCGAUUCAACAAUAUCAAGCCCAAUGAAACAUACAAUACUAAAUGAGCCGAGAGAUUGAAAAAAAUAUAUUUCUUCAAGUUUAUUAUCGACUUGUAAUAUGUGCCAAAAAAGUUGGUGUCUCUCUAUUAUACACUAUCGAUUUCUCGAACAGGAAAAAUGAGGACUAAAGGUUUGAAUUUAUACAUAAAAAGCCCUCUUUACAACACACAUACAAUCUAAAAAUUUUAAGCAUAUAUUUUUGUAAAAUGUUUAUAAUAUUUAGCUGCCGUACUACAAUCAGAAUAGUUAAAAACGUUUAAGCAACGUCUGUUCAUUUUAUUUUUCUUACCAAGCAAUGCAGGAGAUUUAUUUUAUAAAUAGCUGAAAUUAGGUAAAAGUCUGUGUGAUAGGCUGGAUGUUUGUGUAGACGAAAUUGUGCUGAAAUCUGCAACGAAUAUCAUCGAGCCCUUUUUAUUAACCGCUUGUCCAAUGAAUGAAUUAAAACAAAAUGAAAAAUGUACAUAUAUCGUUACAAGGCAGAUUUGAGCUCAAGUGUGCAACACGUUUAAUACAUGUGUACUAAUGUUAUAAAAGUUCCAAACAAUAAAACCACAAUUGCUUUUGCAACCAAGCUGAAAUUUUCUCUGUACACCAAAAUGGCGCUUAGUUAAUUGUAAAUAAGUGUGGUAAUUUCGGGUCUUUUUGACAGCUGACGGAAGACAACGAGUGGUUGACACCAAGUCUUCUAGUAUGAAUAUAAACAUACAGGCAAUUCAUCAAAAAGACCAGGGAAUCAUUAAUUGAUAUGUGUCAUCUUCUGUGUUUGAAUACCUUUAGGCCUCAAAUUUCCAGUUUAUAUGUUCUAUGUUUAAUGGGUCAAAUUUGACAAACGUUCCCAAACCUUCGCUGGGACAUCAUAUUUGAUAGUUUAGUAUAAGAGUUUAUAUUUGUAAACGACUAAAGUGAGAAUUUAAGUUUAAUUUCUGAGAUGUACAAAACACUAGUAGCAUAAAUGUCAAGUAGAUAGGGUAAAUAAAUAUAUAUUAUACAUAUAUACAUAUUAUAUAUAAAUAAAACAAAAAAUAUAUUAUUAUAUACAUGCCCUGGGGUUACAGCGGGUUGUGUAACAAAUAAAACACUCAACCUCUCUUGCCCGAAGGAUAAUAUUGUACAGAUAAUCUAAAAGAAGAAACUGUACAUAGACUCAUAAAUCGGAUGCAAGUACUCAAAGCUAUCAGAAAUUUAGUUUUUGUAAGUGUGUCUUCGUAGAUAGAGAGCUUUGAAAAUGGAGAGGCAGUGAUAAAAGAAAUAUUAUUAUCUAACGUGAUAUUUAGCAAUUUUAUAUGAAGUAUUUAGUUGAUCACGAGAAAAGUUUUGAUACCAGAUAGAAAUUAAUACCGAAAACAAAUUAGAACAAUUAAUUAUUAUUUUAAAAAUUGGCUGGUAAAAUAGCGACAAAGGAAACGUGGAAGGGCAGAACCCGAAAAAAAUGGCAACUCUGUCAAUUAGCUUAGUUAUUAUCAACGUAAAAAUUAUCAGAAAAGAAUAUGAAGGACACCUUCCCGUUUUCAAUAAAUAAUUUAAGGUCUGUACAGAAUGGUAUGGUUGCGCCAAAAAUUUAGCUGUGUAAGUUGAUACUUAAGAAGAAAAAAAAUUGUAUUAUGCACGCUUACCCAAACAGCACAAUUAUAUAUAACGACUGUAUAAAUGUUUGUGGAACUGUCACUAAAUGUGAACAAAAAUAUAUCACAUCUAGUUGUUUUAAUUUAAGAAACUAAUAAUUUUAGGGCUACUAUUUAUGUUAGUCAAAUAAAACAAGAAUAAAAAAAUAUAAGAGCAACUUCAUUUUUCUUCAUAAAAAGUUUUUAAAAAAAUCAACCAAAGCUAAAGUGAUAUGAUACCGUUUAUAUAUGAUAUAGAUUACGUUUAAAAUAGCUUUUUUACAUGAUUGUUUCAAAAAACUAUUUGGGUCAUUUCAUACCCUGUGAUUAUAUCUUCUAAAUGUGAUGACAAACAUAAAAAAAACUUAUGCGACCAAUCGUUAGGCCAUUUAGAUAAGGCAAGUGAGAUAUGAAAUGAAAACAAACAAAAAACAUUCUAAAAUACGAUGGUCAAAAAAAAAGUUCUUUUUGCAUCAUCCAAGUACAACAUAACUUUUUUGUUGUCCCUCGUACUUCCUGAUCUUAGAAGAAAUAAAGCUGAAGGAACCAAAGUAUUAGUUUUAUUUAACAUAUCGUUGUUGUUUACGAAACUUUUAUAUUAAGUUUUUCCUUUCAUAUUUACCUAUAGUAUUAAACAGUUUGUUUAAGUAUUAUUUGUAAUAUAAAUUGUUCUUCAACUAAUAUAUGCAAAUAUUUUUACCAGCUUUUAAAAUAAAAUUAGAUUACUCUAGGGCGAAUUUCAUACUUUUAUACCAAUGAAAUACUUCAAUAUCAAAAACUUUUAUUAAGAUUAAAUUUUAAGUGUCCAGUAUUCUUGGACACACUGUAAAAAAAGUUCAAGUUUCUCAGAAAUUUUUAUUCUUCAUAAAUGUGAUUGAUUCUGUCAAGCUCCAUAAUAUAAACUAGUCAAUAUGGAAGUAUUUCGAUAAUUCAUGUAAAAAUAAUAGAUAAUAUAAAUUCGUACAAUAUACACUUACCAACAGCCAGCAAGCGCGUAGCGGGGAGAUCUUCGUCAUCUUCUGAGAUACUUAAUAGUAGCCAAUAUGCAGCCAUUAGUAUUCUGAAAUAUAAAAGAGGAAAUAUAAUUAGUGUAUCAAAUUAAUUAAAAAUAAUGAAUGAAAAUGUAUGAAGGAAUAUUUGUGGCAACUUACCAUAGUGGACGACUUAUUUUAACGGAAAAGAUAGCAGUUGCCUCUCAUUAUUUUUCUAUCAAAUUAAUAAAGUUCACUCCCGAGACCGUCACAACCGCCAUUUUAUGUCGCGAAACUGUAGGCCUUAACCAGAUUCAAGCAGACCCCAAAAUCGAGCCCCCCAAGAGCAACUGCGAGACGAAAAGCGCUUGGAGGCGCUCCCGACUCGGACUUUACUUCCAUUUCUACUCUCUCAUCUACUCUAAACCAGUGAAAACCCCCGAUAGAACUCGAAAACCCUUGUCCUACAACCUUUACCCGAAAAGGAUUAGAGGCAAAUUUGAAUUCCGAAAAAGUUGCGGUGCGUUACGUACGCACAAACGUGGAACGACAUCGGAUUCACUAAUUUAAAUACUUUAGAAGGCUCUAAACGGAUUUUCUACGAUAAAAAACUUAAUUUUUCAGUAGACGCUAUCAAAAAAAAAUAUGGUGCCGAUAAACAAAUGAAAAACGGUUAAUUAUUUGAAGGGUAGUCUUUUAAGACAUUUGAUUGGCUCUUAAUUAGAUUGACAGAUACCCUAGAUGGAUCGGCAACCAGACAUACGCGAAAGGGUUACAGAUUAACGGAUUAUUUUUUUCGACAAUAAUACCUGAUUAACUUUGUAAUUAAUUUAAUUUAAUAGGAAUUUACAUAUAUAUAAUUUAUUUAUAAAAAAAAAUAUUUUUUUUAGAUAAUAUAUAUCAUCGUCGAAAAUCGAGACAUUUAAUAAUUAUUAUUGUAGGUUGUCUUAGUACUAUAAUGGACUUACUUUAAAGGGUAUUUUUCUAAUACACACAGUAAAAUAGGUCAGCUACAUCUUCCACACGGUGAUAUAAAGUAUUAAUUGAACUGUGUAAUUAGAGUUUCAAGAAGGUAAGCCAGCUACCUACCUAUAAACUUUGAAAAUAUUUGCAUAUAUCUUUCUAAAAAUAUUUUACUGUUUUUAAAACUCUGUUGGUUUUUUAUGAAUGAUUUUGUAAAUUUUAUAUGAAAUAUUUACUCUAUACAUAUAUGUACCUAAGACUUAUGAUAGCUCUAAUAGAUUUUUUAACAAACUAGAACACACUGUUAAGUUAGUUAGAGUUAGUUUAUUAGUAUUUUAUGUAUUUUGUAUAUUUAUUUAUAUUUUAGAUAAACAGAAAGCAAGAUAUAGCUACCAAAAUAUGAUGGUGCUAAUUUUAUAAUCAUUAGUUCAAGUUUAGUCAGUUUGAUUAUAUGUAUGUAUUUACCAAUUAGUGGCCGUAUUUUAAAUAGUGGUUACUUCAAAAUGCUUCAACUAGUAAUUUAAAAAUUAAUUAUCUAUAGAUUACCUCAUCUAGCAUAAAAAGAAUAGUAGUUUUAUUUUGCCAGGCCGAUUAAUUUUUAAGGUAUAAUUAUUUUAUUUCCUUACAAUUUUUAUUUAAUGAGUCAGAACUAAUAAGAACUCUAGUAAUACAUAAUAUGCGUUCAUAUUGCAAUAUAUAUUGCAUAGUGCAAUAUUAAUAUACAGAAGAUUUCAGAAAUAACCUUUGUAACUGUGAUUUAGCCCUUUGCAUAUUUAAGAAUGCCCAUAUCAAUUCUUCAUGUUUUCAGAACAUUCUAACUUUUAUGUUUAACAAUUUUUCUUCGGAGCCCAUAGUUAGAAAGGUGAUUUCCUAUUCCACCAUCGUAAAUACCCAAAGUUGUGAAUUGGAUAAUCAGUUGUUUUAUAUUGAUGGUUGCUCUACGUCUUAACAUUAAGAAGGCGUGCUUAGGUACGAAUUAUAUAAGUUACAUAUGUAAAACUUAAAAGAUUAAUCUAUAAAUGUAGAAAAUGGAAUUGAAAUAAAAACUUCUAAAAAG